AUGGUCAAAAAUGUCUUCCUGCUGUACAGGCCUCGACCAGACGGCAAGUGCUCGGUGGAUGUGGACCCCUCGGCCACUGUUCAAGACAGAUUCCUCUAUCCUGGCGCCUUGAGAAUGCAUUUGGACGAAUUUCUCGGACAAGCCGAAGACAACCUUUCCACAAACUCUUUCAUAAAACUUGGCUGGCUACCAUUUGGUAGAAAGUUGGCUCUUAUUUCAUUCCAUACAAUGGCUCGAGACUCUGAUGAGAGGAAGUAUUAA